AUGAGCUACCGUCCUUUUUUUACCAAACUUCUCUUGCUGUCUGUGUUUCUAAGGACACAUUCGGAACUCGAUGGCAGCAAUGAUCUCGAAGAUGAAAUAUCCGCAUCACUUACUGAUACAAUAGAGAAGAACUUUCUUAACGGAAGGACGACCGGCAAGAGCAGCACAAAUCCAACCUUAACUUCUACAAUGACAUCAACAAAUACUUCUAGUACUCAGAAAAUACCUAUACGAUAUCCAUUUAUGGUAUCCAUACAGAUAAUUGAGAACGGAAAGUACAAACAUCUAUGCGGUGGCACAAUUCUGAACAAAUAUUUUGUGAUAACAGCGGCCCACUGUACUUUAUUGCCUCAACAGCUCUAUGCCAAAAAUUUGUUUGUGAUCGGUGGCUCUAAUAUGCUCUACGAUAGAAAGUCAAUUCGUUUCCGUGUGCGGGAGUUGAAAAGGCAUCCAAAAUUCCAGCCAUUCCAUGCAAUCGAUUUUAGGCAGAGUUACAGAGUAGAUAAAGACUUACACUUAAUUUUACUUGGCUGGGGCCGCACUAAAGUCCAAACGCCCAAGAAUAUAGAAGUUGUGCAUUUUCGUACCAUGUCCAAUGCAAAAUGUUUUGUGAAUUAUAAAUUUAAAUACUUGAAAAAUGGGGACAUCUGUGCUAAUAACACAAAGGGAGACCGAGGAGCCUGUGAUGGUGAUUCCGGUGGACCACUAAUCGAUGAGCAGCUAAAUUAUCUACAUGGUGUACUCUCCUAUGGCCGCAAGCCCUGUGUGAAAGGUAGAAUUUAUGUCUUCACAAGGAUGAGCGAAUAUAUCGGUUGGAUCAAAAGACAAAUGGGGAAAAUGACGGUGAAGAAACCAAUUCGUAGAUAGGUACAUAUACCAGAAAGAUUUCCACCUCUCUCUGUUUUCGCUUAAUAUAUUCAACUUAAUUCCCAAUUGACACUUUCAAAACGUUUCAAAAUGCAAAUAAAAGAAGUCACUUAAAAAAUUA